AUGAUAAAAUGUUUCAGUGGGGACGAACUGUCGCUCCCCACCUUCCUGCACCUCCUAAAAAGCCCCCCGGCUAAUCAGGUAGAGUGGUCUGACUUCAAGUGCCUCUCCUCUGGCCUUUGGCAGCCAUUCCUUUGCAAGCAUCUGGGUGUGUCGAGAACGGCUCGCUUUACAGGGGCGGCACAGUUUCCCGUUCGACAGGCUGAGCUGCUCCUAGCCCAUCUACCUGGCAGUGAUCGCACCCCCACCAGGAUCCAGGGACUUGGCUCUCCUCUUAGUGUGCUCUUUGCUCUGCCAAACCUCACUCUGUCUCUGCACCCCCUUCUCUCUGCAAACCCCUCUUUCCCAGAACUAACCACAGCAGCCAUGUCGACCAGGACCGUCAGCAUGAAGUCCGUCAGAACCAGCUAUGGAAGCGGCGGCGGUGGCGGCUUCGGCGGUAGCAGCCGCAUGUCUGUUGGAGGAGGAGGAGGAGGAGGAUUUUCCUCCAGGUCUGCCGUCACAAUCAGGCCAUCAUACGCCAUGUCCACCUCCAGCAUGGCCGGGGGCUCAAUGCUCAGGUCAAGCAUGGGUGGUGGUGGAGGCUUUGGCGGCGGCUCUGGGUUCGGCGGCGGCGCCGGGUUCGGUGGCGGCUCUGGCUUCGGCGGUGGCGCCGGGUUCGGCGGCGGUGCAGGGUUCGGCGGCGGUGCCGGGUUCGGCGGCGGCUUCGGUGGUGGAGCAGGAGGAAUGGCCAUAGCUCCCAUCGCAAACGUCCAGGUCAACCAGAGCCUGCUGGCCCCCCUGAACCUUGAAAUCGACCCCAACAUCCAGACCGUCCGCACCCAGGAGAAGGAGCAGAUCAAGACCCUCAACAACCGCUUCGCCAGCUUCAUUGACAAGGUCCGCUUCCUGGAACAGCAGAACAAAAUGCUGGAGACCAAAUGGAACCUGCUGCAGGACCAGACCACCACCCGCUCCAACAUCGACGGCAUGUUCGAGGCCUACAUCGCCAACCUGCGCAGGCAGCUGGACGGGCUCGGCAAUGAGAAGGUCAAGCUGGAGGGGGAGCUGAAGAACAUGCAGGGCCUGGUGGAGGACUUCAAGAACAAAUAUGAGGACGAGAUCAACAAGCGUGCCUCCGUGGAGAAUGAGUUUGUGCUCCUCAAGAAGGAUGUUGAUGGAGCCUACAUGAAUAAGGUGGAGCUGGAGGCCAAGGUUGAUGCCCUUCAGGAUGAGAUUAACUUCCUCAGAGCCGUCUACGAAGCUGAACUGCGUGAGCUUCAGGGACAGAUCAAAGACACAUCGGUCAUCGUGGAGAUGGACAACAGCCGCAACCUGGACAUGGACUCCAUCGUGGCAGAAGUCAGGGCUCAGUAUGAGGAGAUUGCCAACAACAGCCGGGCAGAGGCAGAGAAGUGGUACCAGCAGAAGUUCCAGGAGAUGCAGACCAGUGCAUCACAGGCUGGGGACGACCUCCGCAACACCAAGUCAGAGAUUGCAGAGCUCAAUCGUAUGAUUAGCCGCCUCCAGAAUGAGAUUGAGUCAGUCAAAGGACAGCGCGCCAACCUGGAGGCGCAGAUCGCCGAGGCUGAGGAGCGCGGGGAGCUGGCAGUGAAGGACGCCAAGGCUCGCAUCAGGGACCUGGAGGAGGCCCUGCAGAGAGCCAAGCAGGACAUGGCCCGCCAGGUCCGGGAGUACCAGGAGCUCAUGAACGUCAAGCUGGCCCUGGACAUCGAGAUCGCCACCUACAAGAAGCUCCUGGAAGGAGAAGAAUCCAGAAUCGCCUCCGGUGGUGGAAGCGCUACCAUUCAUGUGCAGUCCUCCAGCAGCAGCAUGGGCGGCGGCUCAGGAGGCGGCAGCGGCUAUGGUGGCGGCAUGGGCGGCGGCAUGGGCGGCGGCAUGGGCGGCGGCUUCGGCGGCGGAAUGGGCGGCGGCUAUGGCGGCGGCUACAGCAGUGGUAUGGGUGGAGGAUACGGCGGCGGCAUGAGCUCGAUGAGCAUGGGCGGGGGCAGCAUCAAAAGCAGCAGCAGCACCAUGGUCUCCUCCCGCCGCUAUUAAAAGCAUCAGCAGUCCGUCUCUACCUUCUUCUUCUUCUUCUUGUCCUUUACCAUAAAAGCUUCCAGAAAAACCCUGCCACCAUUUUCCCUCUCAGGCCCAGAGCAGUCUGAAGAGCACUCGGUCUUUUACAGCUUGUAGAGUCAGAGAUAACAUCGAGUUACAAGCACAGAUUUUGUUUGUCAGAGCAAAAGAGCCACAGAGGUGUGACUCUGUAGAUUCAUCCCUCAAUCAGUCAGCCUGGCUGUCUUUUGGUUGCUCCAUGUCCUGUUGUUCAGACAAUACUUGUAGUGUUACAACAGAGCAACAGCAAGAGCAACAAACACUGCAGAUAAAAUGACAAGUAGCCGUUUGUAACAGAAAGAGUGGAUGUUCUUUAGCCAUGAAUUUGGCACUCAGUUUUUUCCCUGACUGCUCUUUCUAUGCAAUAACGGUUCUGUUUUGAGGCUUUUUUCAUCACUGUUAUGCAGUUUGACAUCGUUAAAAGCAGCCACAUAUGCCACACAUUUUGUUUUUAGGAUCGUCUUUUCUUUUCAUCUGUUUUGAAAGAAAAUGAGCUCUCCGGUACAUGGUGGUUUGAUCACGUUUUACCUGCAGUUUAACUUCAGAAAGGCUGACUGGUAAUACCAGAUUUAUCAUGAACUGUACCAUCCAAACAUCUGGAAUAA